AUGGCUCGGCUGGUGUUGUGCACGUUAGCGCUACUUGCAGCAAGCGGGCUUGCGGACCCCAUAAAAAAGGUUCCGCACAAAGUUGCUGAUCCUGAAUUUGUGCAACAUCAGGUGGAUGUAUGGCACUUGUUCUAUCACGUUCAUGAACCCAUUCACAAUCCAGAACUUCAAGUGAUUGUGAACACCUGGGACCUUGAGAAGAAUAUUGAUCACUGUACUAAUGUCACAGCUGUGAAAUUGUACGCGGAAUUAAUUGAAAAGGACCUGCUGCUACCUCGUAGUGUGCCGUUCUCCGUCUUGGAGUACUCGCACAGAUUUGAAGCUAAAGUCUUAUACAAUGUUUUGUAUUCAGCGAAAGAUUUCAGCACUCUUUAUAAAACAGCCGUAUACCUAAGAAAUAAAGUCAAUGAAGGUCUUUUUGUCUACACCUUGAGCGUCGUAUUGUUACACCGGCCGGACACGCAGGGCAUAGUUGUUCCACCAAUUUUUGAAGUUUUCCCUUCAUACUUCCAUAAUGCUGAAAUAAUGACCACCGCCCAGAGAGUAAACACACACGACAAGCGAAUGAUCGAACAUUACCCAUCAACUUAUGUGUGGGACGACAAUGUUGUGAUUAGGUGGAACAGCACUACUUGGCCCUACUUCUAUGACGACGUUCUCAAUUAUUUCACACAUGAUGUUAACUUGAACGCAUUUUACUAUAACCUUCACCUGCUGUAUCCAUCUUGGCUUGGAAACGAAGCCACACCCUUAGUAAAGGACAGACGCGGUGAAUUGUUCUGGUUUUACCAUAAACAAAUCCUGGCUCGUUACUACAUGGAAAGAUUGUCUAACGGUCUUGGAGAAAUUCCCGAAUUAGGUCUUGACGUAGUUCAACAAGGAUACGUGCCAGAUAUUACGUAUCACAAUGGCGUUCAAUUCCCAGUAAGGCCGAAUCACUUCAGUCUGGACCAGCCAGAGUUUGUCCAGGCCAUAACAAAGAUCGUGGAUUACGAGCACCGUGUUCGUGAAGCUAUCGACAAAGGUUACGCCCUCAACCACUUGGGUGAACAUAUUAACCUUCGAACUCCAGAAGCAAUUGAUGUUCUCGGUCGAAUAGUUGAAGCUAAUGUUGAUUCUCCCAACCCAUAUUACUAUAAGGACUUUAUCAGCAUUUGGAAGACUGUUCUCGGAAACACUGUUGGGCAUAGACACCAAUAUCACAAUGGAUUGGUACCAUUGGUAGUUCCAUCAGUCUUGGAACACUACCAGACCGCUUUAAGGGACCCUGCGUUCUAUAUGAUUUACAAACGUGUAUUGGGACUGUUCACAUCUUGGCAGAAAUAUCUUCCUGCAUACAAGCAUGAAGAAUUGGCAUUACCAUCAGUUGUUAUUAAGAGCGUCGAGGUCGAUAAACUUGUUACUUACUUUGAACAUACUUAUGUUAACGUUACUAACCAUCUGCACAUGAACAAACAUGAAAGCAAGGAAGUAGUCGAUGAUGUGAGUGUAUUGGUUCAACGCCCACAACUGAACCACAAGGUUUUCACUGUUCGAGUUAAUGUUAAGAGUGAUGUCGCGAAAACUGUUGCCGUAAAAUUCUUCCUGGCACCCAAGUACGACAGCAAGGGUUAUGAAAUUCCUCUCCACGUUAACACUGAAAACUUCUAUAUGUUGGAUUAUUUCCUGUAUGAGUUGCCCGUUGGAGAGUGUGUUAUCAAACGUGAGUCAACAGAAAAUUUGUUCACAAUUAAGGGAUGGUCAUCAGCGUACGAAGUUUAUGAAAAAGCUUACAAUGCAAUGCACGGCAAGGGACAAUUCGUUAUUGAUCAGACACAUAGAAUGGACGGAUUCCCCGAUCAUCUUGUACUUCCCAAAGGACGCGUUGGAGGAAUGCCGUUCGUUCUCUUGGUGCACAUUUCUGAAUAUCAUCCCGCAAAGGUACCAUACGGCAGCAACUUCGACCCUGCUGUCUCUCUAGGCCUUGGUUCUGGCGCUCGCGUCUUGUCCGACGAGCGUUUCGGAUUCCCUCUAGACCGACCUUUGUACCAAUGGCAAGUUGAUGAUGUUAGCAACAUAUACUUGCAAGACGUUUACAUCACUCACAAACCUGUGCCUGAAGUUGUUGUUCCUCACGUGGCUUAA